UGAUUUUGUUCAUGUCUUUGUAUACCAGUGCCUCUUUUUCUUAGUUGGUGAAGUUUGUUUUCUGAGGGAAGGGGUGAGGGGUUUAUGGGCAUGAAAUGUUCACACAAAAGAGGGAAGAAAAUCCUCUGUCAUUCAUGUAGGUUAUGGUAUUGUCAUAGGUUGGUAGUGUACAUAAUUUGAUUGUCUGGGGGUUUCAAGAGGGUGAUGAUGAUUUGCUUGUGUUGGAACUUGCUUGUCCUGCUAAAACUCAAUGUCAUGCCUGUAGAAUCAAAUUAGAGCUACUUCAAAGCUUGUUCUUGUCAAUUCACUUGCAAACAUCUCAGAUCCUUUCUUUCAAUUUAGCCCCCUUCAAGCUAUUGUGUUACCCAUUUUAUAUAUGUAAUUCUAAGGAUUUAAUUGUGUAGAGUGCCUAAUUCUCCAGUUAAUUUUUAUCUAACCAAUAUCUAGUUAGUUGAAUGAACCUCUUGCCUGUAGAGCACCCAUCAGUAAAUGGCAGAUAUUAGAUUCCAAUCUUAACUGGUCCAUGAAAAGUUUAACAGCACAAUGAUGGUCAUAAAGAAGUAGUGGGUUUCAGUUGUCACCCAGAGACUUCCACUUAACAUGUCAAUUGUGUAGAAUUUCAACAUUUUCAUUUAACCUUUCACUGAGUUGUAAACAUGAACAGUACAUGUACUGUUAGCACGUUAUUUGUUAUUUGUAGUUUUGGAUGUCCUAUUGAUGAACUUAAUACCAGAUAUUUUAACUUUUCUGUCAAUAAGAAUGUUUUAUUAGCUUGAUAUUCAUUAUAUUAGGUGAUGCUAAAACUAUAAAGGGCUGGAAAUCAAGCUAGUGAAAUAAAUCCUUCUAUAUCUAUUGUUGCCCACUAAAUUUCUACCGGCUCUGGGACUUCUGGGGAGACCAAUGAGAGAAGUGCCAUUCAUAUCAGCCUACAUGGGUAGAAAGAAAACUUGACCUGGUGUAUGGUGGAGGAAGUGUUGGACUGAUGGGCUUGAUUUCUCAGGCUGUUUAUGAUGGUGGCUGCCAUGUUCUUGGUAUUAUUCCAUCAGCCCUUCUGCCUCACAAGAUAUCUGGAGAUGCAGUUGGUGAAGUAAUGGCAGUUUCAUCCAUGCAUGAAAGGAAGGCUGAAAUGGCUCGUCAAGCAGAUGCCUUCAUUGCCCUACCUGGUGGUUAUGGCACAAUGGAGGAGCUACUGGAGAUGAUCACAUGGUCACAGCUUGGAAUUCAUGAUAAGCCGGUUGGUCUGCUGAAUGUCGAUGGGUAUUAUGAUUCCUUGCUUGCCUUGUUCAAUAAAGGCGUGGAAGAAGGAUUUAUCAAGCCAUCUGCUUUGAAUAUUGUUGUUUCUGCUACAACAGCCAAGGAACUUAUACAACGGAUGGAAGAUUAUUCUCCAAUUCAUGAUUGCGUUGCACCCAAACAAAGCUGGGAAAUAGACCAACAGCUCAGUUCAGCCACCAUUGCUCCUGAAAACCCUUGAUUUUAUUUCCUUUAUGUAUAUUGUGCAGUGAUCAUUACAAUAGCAUCAUUUGUACAGAAAUUUGUCAACUUCGUCAUUUACAAAGUAUGUCAAUGAAAGAAAUUUUCAUAUUGGCCCAAAUCUAA